GUUAACUGCUAUCUUCUGGACAACCUGGUUUGUUUUAGACCACAUCUCAGAUUUUUCAACGAAUUUUCGCUUCUGAAAACUUGCAAUGGAUUCUGAAGGAAAGUACCACAGCAGGAUCUACUUCAUCUGCCCGGUAUGCAAGAAGGCUCCACGCACUCUUCCUGGGCAUCUCAGGACGGUCUGCAUGCAGGGCCGGACUGAGGAGGACAUCCAAGCCACUGUGCUCCAGUCCAAAAAGGAGAUGGCUGAGUUCUCACAGAACGGGCGCUUCUGGGAGUACCACACACUUCUGGAGAUUUUUGGAGCGGCUAAUCCUCUUGCCAGUAUGUUAAAGGAAAUGGAGAAAAAGGGCUUGGUGGUGAGGAACAUUCCUCCUAUCAUUCAUUUGCCAGCGUCAUAUGCUCAGAGUGCUAGCUCCACACUACAUGCUGAGAGAGAGAUGCCAGCAGCUGUGGAAGAACCAGAAGAACCAGAGCCAGAGAAUGAUGAGAACAAUGAGGACUGCUAUCAGAGCAAUGGGCCACGGUGGAGCGAUGAUGUCCGGGUGGAGAUGGCGAAAAGGGGACUUUACAAAAAGUUCUCCAUCAAACACCCACUGCUGGAUGGUUUUAACCAGUAUUUGCAACAGGACAUGCGCAACCGUAACACCAAACAAGAGGUGGAAAAUGUAUCGAGGUUCAUGUACUUCAUGAACCCCGGACAGCCAGAACUGCUGUUUGUUCACAAAGUGGAGAAGGUGCGAGAGUACUUUAAUGUACUCGCUGAGACCAAACUCUCCAAGCAAACUAUUCUGAACUACUGGAAAAGUCUUAACAGGUUCCUGAAUUACACCAUCAUAUCAACUAGUCUGGUCAAAGAAAACAAAAGUCUACACGAUGACUGUAAAGGAUUUGUUGAUUCUUUGAAACAUAUACGCAAAUGUAUGUCUAAGGAGAUCAAUAAAGAGGUGACCCGGAAAAGAUACAAAGCUUAUGGUAACGAGAAGCAGCCGGCAGACUGUGUGGCCAUACUUGAUCUGGCUCGUGCUGAUUUCCUCGCGGUAUUGGCAAAACUUCAGGGUCCUAAAAAAGUUCCUGCGGAUCAGCUGGACAAGAACGACUGUCUGCUGGUCCUCUAUUAUUUGGAGGCCGUCGUCAUCCUGAAGCACCUACAGCGCCCUGGCGUUGUAACCAACAUGACCGUUGAGGAAUGGCAGGAAAGGAGACACACUAACAACGGCUGUUCUGUGGCCAUUAAAGAGCACAAAACGGCUGCAUCACAAGUGGCAGAAGUGCCUCUGAAUGCUGAACAAGAACAUUGGUUUGACAUAUACUUCAAACACAUUCGGCCACUGAUGCUCCAGGGAUCCAGAACAGGGGGCGACACGAUGGCAGAGGGCCAAUUCUUCAUCUCCAGCACGGGAAGGCCCAUCCACAACCCCUGCAAUGAUCUGGUAUAA